AUGACAGAGGAGUUUCGUCGGUCAACUCUUCAGAAGAUACGAAAUCAUCCAAAUUCUCAAAUUUUGUUCGAACUUAUUUUCAAGCGAUUGCAAUUCGAAGAUCUCGCCCUGAUGGCGCCGAUUGUUUUGGAGAAAACCGACAAUGGGUACGGCACGUUUGAUUCUCUAUUCAGCCCCGAUUUCUCCAGUUACGCUCUCAAUCGUCAUUACAAAAGUGAUGCUAUUCUGGCGCUUGUUGGUGAAGAAUUUUACAGAGAAAACGAGAGAAAACCCGAAACACUGUCAGAAGUCGCCCAGAUCAUCCAGAAAAGAAUUGAUUUGAGAAACAACAGGAAAAAUUUGGAGAAAAAGACCACGAUCAAGUUCAGCACGGAUAAGCCGCUCGUCAGAUUCUCUCAUUCAUAUCUUGUUACAAAUAAUGAAUCGAAGCCGAAAGGAUUCGAGUGCAAGAACUCGGAGGAUGAUUUGCUUUUCUUCAAAAUAAACCGAGAAAACACCGCACCGAAGCUAGAACUCGCCCAUCCUUGGUUUUUGACUAAAGAUAAUCCUUAUAACUCAUCAGAAAUGGUUUCAAUGUGGCUUUAUCUUCAGACUUCUAAAGGCAUUGAAAGCAAUCCGGAUGGCAAAUGGACUUGGUGCGUCUCUGACAGUAACUUGAAGUUCCUUGACCACAACAUUUCUCGACAACGAACAUGGCGAAAUCUCACUGCUUACCCACAAAGAAAUAUUCAUCCCAUUCUAAAGGAGAAUCGACACCUGGAAGACAAGGAGAAGGAUGAAAUGCCAAUGACAAUUAAUUUUGUGAAUUUUUCCAAUGGCGAGAGCAAAUUGAUCUGGUCAUUUGACUUUGUCCGCGCGGGGUCAUAUUACCAAGCCAGCCAUAUAACCACGAGAUUCCUCGAUGAUGGCUUGUGGCUCGUGAUGAUCGAUGUUUACGACGUAGAAGGCAACGAUAAGAUACUAUUCUUCAACCUGGAGAAGAAAGAAGUGAAGUCGUACCAAUUACCGUACCAAUUCAUUGUUUCGUCAGCGUUCUAUGGUUUCUCCGAGUCAUCUCUUUACUAUCUGAGAGAAGCUGACAAUCCAUAUGGCGGGGAGGAUAAAUACCUUGUAUUUGGAUAUUUUUACCGAGAAGAGAGGUUAACUGACACCUUUGAAAGACAUCCUGAUUUGUUGAAGCAUCUUUGUUUCUUCGAACGAGGCGAAUUGACGAAAAAAUCAGGCCUCAAAAUUGGAAUCAAGGGAUUGGUGCAUCUCGUUUUGGACCAAUACGACACCGAAUCUAAGGUUUUUACGAUCAAGAUAGACGAGAUUAAAAAGCUUCUUCUCGAGGCUGAAACGUUCACAUGCGAGCUCAGCUUUCCUGGUCAAUGGUUUCCUGGUGAUGUCCCGGCGAAAGCAACUUUGCCACUUAUCAAACUUGAUGAACUAUGCACCACAAAAUACGAAGAUUUGUCAGAAAAUCUUAACCCUGAGCAAUCUGAUAUCGGCUACAUGGAUGGCAACAAGCUUCAUUUAUUCAUCUGA